UGGUGCCAACGCCGCCUACCCGCUCUCCUGCGCGGAGGCCAAGGAGGGUCUUGAGGUGACGGCAGGGCGGGGCGCGAGGUGCCGCCUCUGCGCUGCCUGUUAGCGGUGGGAGAGGGAGUCCAGCGCCGGUGAGCGAGGCGGAGGGCCCCGCCGCCCUCCCGCACUUCCCCGGGGAAUCAGACAUGGGUCUUCAUUAAGAAAGGUUCUAGAACGUAUGAUGUCAAGGUAUUGUGCAGUAUCAUGGUUGUUCACUGGGUUCAUGCUGGUAUGUCAUUCUGCAUGCUAUCUUCUGGACUCAGUAACUGCUGCAGGUAGUUUUAACCAUGUGCACAAUUACAUCAACAAAUCAAGCAUGGAUCAAGAAUAUUGUGAAAGGAAAAGGAAAUUAUCUUCUUUUGCUGGGUGGAGACUUUCCACAGAAAAAUUUACAGCUACAUUUCCCAUUGAUCACAAUCAAGAUAAUUAUGUUCAUGAAGUGCCAGAUGUCAUUUUUUCAGUGGCUUACCCUACACCGUUUAAAUCCAGAGUUCUACUUGUAGCUGUUUCUGAGGAAGUCCUGGAAGACUUGUUGGAUCUAGACAUAUCUGUCUCAGGCUCAGAUGACUUUCUACAGCUUGUCAGUGGGGCAAAAAUUAUCUUGGGGUCUCUGCCCCUUGCCCACAGAUAUGGUGGCCAUCAGUUUGGUAGCUGGGCAGGCCAGCUGGGUGAUGGAAGAGCCCAUUUGAUUGGUAUUUAUACGAACAGGUUUGGUGACAGAUGGGAAUUGCAGCUGAAAGGUUCGGGAAGAACAGUGUACUCCAGAAAUGGGGAUGGCAGAGCUGUGCUUCACUCUUCUGUUCGAGAAUUCUUGGGAAGCGAAGCCAUGCAUUAUCUGGGGAUUCCUACAAGCAGAGCAGCUAGCUUAGUUGUAAGUGAUGAUGUUGUUUGGAGAGAUCGGUUCUACAAUGGGAACAUUAAGAAGGAAAGAGGUGCAAUAGUCUUACGUGUUGCCAAAUCAUGGUUUCGAAUAGGAUCAUUAGAAAUAUUAGCUCAUUCUGGAGAACUGGAUUUGUUAAGGUUGCUGCUAGACUUUGUUAUAGACGAACACUUUCCAUCCAUAAACAUGAAUAAUUCAAAUAGAUAUCUGGCCUUUUUCUCCAGAGUAGUAUCUGAAACUGCAAAUUUGAUUGCCUUGUGGAUGUCAGUAGGCUUUGCUCAUGGUGUGUGCAAUACAGAUAAUUUCAGCCUGUUGUCCAUAACCAUAGAUUAUGGUCCAUUUGGGUUUAUGGACUCUUAUGACCCCGACUUUGUCCCAAACACGUCUGAUGAUGAAAGACGGUAUAAAAUAGGAAACCAGGCAAAUGUUGGGAUGUUUAAUCUGAACAAGCUGUUACAGGCUCUAAACCCUUUAUUGGAUCCCAGACAAAAGCAGCUGGCUUCUCAGUUACUUGAGGAAUAUCCUGAGCAGUUUUAUAAAAGCUUUACAGAACUAUUCAAAGCAAAAUUAGGUCUCCUAGGCGAUUGUGAGGAUGAUAACUAUUUGAUUGCAUUCCUCCUAAAACUCAUGGAAGAUACAAAGGUGGAUUUUACAAUGACUUUUCGGCAGCUCAGCGAGAUUUCAGAAGGCCAGCUGAAGGAUCUCAGUGUUCCUAAGGAAUUUUGGGCUUUGCAAGAUUUGGCUAACCACAAGGACUUUUCCAGCUGGGUUACUAUGUACCUCCUGAGAUUAAAAAGGCAUUCCAAUGAUUCAGAUGCUGAACGAAGCAGAAGAAUGACUGGUAUUAAUCCUAGAUAUGUGCUCAGAAAUUGGAUGGCAGAGUCAGCUGCCCAAAAGGCUGCCAGGAAUGAUUUUUCAGAGGUCCGCCUCUUGCAGAGGGUUUUGCAGCACCCCUUUCAGAUGCAGAAAGUGGCCGAAAGAGCUGGUUAUGCAGAACGCCCCCCGGCUUGGGCCAAGGACAUUAAAGUUAGUUGUUCAUCUUGAUUAAAAGAGACAGUGAUCAAGAUUAAAUGGAUACAUAUUUCAAAUAGGACCAAACCACUGUGGAGUGAGACUGUAUUCACCGCAGCAGCCAAUGGGAAAGCCCCCUGGUAGCCAUUUUGUGACAGCACCCAUGACACUUUCAAAAUUCUAAAUGCUCUCACUGGCCAGAAAAGGUAGGGGACCCCCAUCAUAACUAGGCUCAUUUGUUUUUCAUGCUCUGGGGAAAGUUCAGUUGCACAUACUUUUUCUUUUCCUGUUACAUCAUUCAUUCAUUCACCCCACCAUCCUGCCACUUCAUCCCUUUUCAGUGACAUUUCCUUUAAGCCUAGCUGCUGUCAACCUAGCCACCUCCAACUUUCUGCAAGGUCAUCUACCCUUUUCUUGCCAGCUCUAUAUUCUCCACAAAUUCAGCGGUCUUCAUUUCUCUGAUGUGAUGUAUAGUGACUGGAAGCAGAGUUGAAACACGUGCCCCCUCCUAAUAACCUACUUUUCUUCCUUUGCUGUCAUUGUUGGAAUUACUGGUAAUUGUCCAUGAUUCAGCUGAUGGCACUUUCUGCAAAAGGACUCUGAGAGCAUUCUUCUGUGCACAACCUGACAAAAAAAUAAGUUCUACAAUUCCCAGCGUUCUUGAGCCACCUUAGGAAGUUGUUCAGCUUUGUCUAAACAGGCAUAGGAUUGUGCCCUGUAUAUCUAGUCUAGAAGCUAGGACAGUCUGUUUUGAGGAUUUUAUAACUAUUACAUGGGAUCAUUAAAACUACUGGAUUUUAAAAUGUUAGAACAUAAUUUCAGCCACCGCAGUCCCUUCAGAUCAAGCCAUGGUGAAAUCUCUGGUUGGCAAGCUAGUUCUGCAGGUGAGCUAGUCUGAGGACUACCAGUAUGACACCAUGGCAAGGAUCAGAUCUGGCCCCAAGCUGAGUUUCCCAAUUUGCAUUAAUCAGUUACUUUAACAGCCACUGUGAUCUUAAAACUGCCAUUGGAGAAAGGUAAAUAAAGUCCUAAAAGAAGAACAUUCACCUUUCCAGAGAUUGUCUCAAAUGUGUAUGUGUUGCAUGCUUAAAAUUAGCAGCGGUGGGUGGUCAUUAACUUGGACACUAGUGUGAAGUCACAGAAUAUUUUAUUCAUGGACUGGCAAUGAAUACUGUUAAAAUGAACACUGGAGAAUUAAAAUGAAUCAUAAAUGAUGAA